AAAAAAGCUCGUAACAUUUUGGGUAUCAUUCGUUCUUGUCCUUGGCUAUGGCGGACCUCGCCGAUCAAGUGAGCUCCGCGGUCCACAGCGUUAUUGACUCCUUCCAGAGCGCGCCCCAGGCGCCGCCGCCAAAGGCAUCGGGCAAGAAGAACGUCCACGAGCUCCUGGGAGGCGGCAAAUGCGCCAAUGUUCUCCUGUGGAAGCAAAAGAACGUCUCCACGAGCCUCCUCGUUGGGUCAACAGUGGCGUGGUUUCUCUUUGAGUGGUCGGGCUAUACAUUGCUAUCGCUCGUUUGCAAUGUUUUGCUCUUCCUCAUUGUCAUCCUCUUUUUGUGGGCGACCAUCGCAUCGCUGCUCCACAGGCCUGCACCUCCAAUCCCCGAGAUCGUUCUCACGGAAGAAAUGGUGCACGACUCCGCCGCCACUCUCCGUGUAGAGAUCAACAAGGCCCUUCUCGCAGCUCACGAUGUUGCCAUUGGCAAGGACUUCAGAGUCUUCCUCAAGGUGACAGUGGUGUUGUGGAUCCUCUCCAAGCUCGGCGCGUGGUUUAACUUCAUCACCCUUGUCUACAUCUUGGUGGUCGGAGCUCACACGAUUCCAGUAAUCUACGACAAGUACCAGGACGAGAUCGAAGCCAUGAUCGGCAAGCUGUUUGAAGAGGCCAAGAAGCAGUACUCCAAGGUCGAUGCAAACGUUCUCAGCAAGAUCCCUCGCAGCGCAAAGAAGAGCGAGUAAACUUAAAAACUAUGGACAUGGGGUGUUUCUAUCUUGCAGUUUAGCUGAAAUAGCAACCUCUAGUGUAGUUCUCUCUUGAUUAAAUACGAGAGCCAAUGUUAACAGA